UUUUUCUGGGGCCGCUCCAGCUGGUGCCGGCCACCUCCACUCCCCUUUGCUUCUUGCUGUCCCUAAAGUCGGAUGGGGACAGGCUGGGGCCACCAGCCAGCUCCAUGGACAGGGACUUUGCCUCUGCUCACCUUCCAGCUGUGGAAAGAAAAGAAGAAACGCCUGUGUUGAUUUCUAUUUGGAAGAUCCUUCUUCCUCCUAAACUUCCAGGGGCAGACAAAGUGAUUCGAUCCUGGAUUGACUGUAAAAGAAGGGACCGAAAGAGCCCAGAACAUUCCCCCAGAUGUUCCAACUGUAACUUAUCCCUGGCGCCUUGAUGGGAGCAUCUGAAACACCCUUCACCAUCUGGAUGCGCAAGGAAGCAGAGAUGCAAACUGGUCCCCAGCCGGAUGAGAAGGGCUGGGGGUGGAGGUUGGGAGAUGGGAGUGCUGCCCCUCCCUUCCUCCCCCAAGCCCUGUCUUUCCUCCUCCUCCUGCCUCUGGCAGAGGCCAGUGGGACAUGCGCCCUGCCCCCGCCCUUGUCCCCAGGUGAGGGCAGCGUGCGCCUGGUAGGGGGCGCGAACCUGUGUCAGGGCCGAGUGGAGAUCCUGCACGGUGGCCUGUGGGGCACCGUGUGUGACGACGACUGCAAGACCCUGCUGGACAACGUGGAGUGCCGCGGGCAGGAAGCUGCGCUGAGUGAGUGCGGCAGCCGUGGCUGGGGCGUCCACAAUUGCUUUCACUACGAGGAUGUGGCUGUCCUGUGUGAUGAAUUCUUGCCAACGCAGCCCCCAACAAGGAAGAUGUUAACCAGUAGAGUACCCCCUACAACACCGCCGAAUGGAAAAAUCCUGGGUCCCCCAACGCUCACAGCACUGCCAUCCUCGGCCACAAGACAGGACUGGGCUUGGCACACAGAUCCAUCCGGCCCAGAGGAGCUGGGACUGCAAGUCCAGCAGGAUGGUUCUGAGACCACGCGGGUGCCCACUCCUCGGCCCAGAGACGGGCAUCUACGUCUGGUCAACGGAGCCCACCGAUGUGAGGGGCGUGUAGAGCUCUACCUAGGGCAACGGUGGGGCACUGUCUGUGAUGAUGCUUGGGACCUGCGGGCAGCCGGUGUCCUGUGCCGCCAGCUGGGCUGUGGCCAGGCCCUCGCAGCCCCUGGUGAGGCUCACUUUGGCCCAGGCCGAGGCCCCAUUCUCCUGGACAAUGUCAAGUGCCGUGGGGAAGAGAGUGCCCUGCUGCUCUGCUCUCACAUCCGCUGGGAUGCCCACAACUGCGACCACAGUGAGGAUGCCGGUGUCCUGUGCCAGCCUUCAUGACCCAGCCCGCUCUGCACACCACCUCUUCUUCUGGGAGCUGUGAUCUGCCCUCCCUCCUCCAGGAAGCCCUCCUCUUGUGACGACUACAGCUCACUUUGCCCCUUCUUCCCUUGCCUGGGAGAGAGCCUACCCAGACAGUGCAGUCCUGCGUGGGGGAGCCUGGCUGUACCCCCGUCCACUUACUGCGUGACCUCAGCCUGUCAUCGACUAUUGUGAGCCCAGUUCAGUGAAAGCUCCCGUGGUUUUGCUCAGCCAAAACCAAAACAAGGGGAAGAGAAAUGAUUCCUAACUCUUCUCUUUGGUGGGGCUCUUUUUAUAGCACCAGCCCCUGCCUUCCUUGCCCUAGAUCCAGGAGGCUCAGGGGCUCUUUAAAUGGGGUAUCUCCUCUUCCCCCAGUCCAUCUUGGGAUCCCCAAGAAGAGGGAAGGCAGGAGGGGCCUACAUCUCUUACCUUGGGCCCUCAGGGGCUGCAGAGGAACCUGGGUCCCUGCCCUGCCCUGUUCCUCGAGGGCCUGGACUCACUCAGAUGGUGCUCGGCUGGACAAGGGGACUGGGGGAGGGGCCAAAGCAGGGACAGUGGCCCCUCCCUGCAGCUGGCAGCAUCUCUGAUUUAUGCCGUCCCCACCACAGAGCCUCCACUUUGCAGGGGCAAAGAACCCUGGGGGCCUGUAGCCACCCGUUCAUAGGUGCCAAGUCAAUAAAGCAUUGUCCCCCAUCUCUU